CGUGACAAGUUUCCUUGCUGCUGGGCCAAGAGUACCUGAUGCUGGCUGUCAUGGCUGAUCCCGUAGCAGAGGAACACGCGUCCCCAGUUAGUGAACUCUGCUGCGAAUGUGGUCAGUUCCACCUCUUGCUGGACAAUCAUCUCUACAACUUCCAGGAUGAAGUGGACGAUGAACUCAUCUGCCAUAUCUGCCUUCAGCCUCUGCUCCAACCUAUGGACACCCCCUGUGGACAUACAUACUGUUUCAAGUGCCUUGAAAACUUCAUGCAGGAGUAUAACUUUUGUCCUAUGGAUCGGAAAAAGCUCUCUUUCCAGCAGUGCCACAAGUCCAGCCUUCUAGUACGAAACCUGUUGGAUAAGCUGAUUGUCUUCUGUCCUUUCAAGGCAGAGUGUCAGCAGACAAUGCAGCGAUGUGAACUAGAAGCUCAUCUGCAGAACAGGUGUCCUGGUUUCAAGAAAUACAAAUCUGAACUACAGCGGAAAAAGAAUCCCAUUUCCAAAGGGAAGGAAGAUCCUCCUACCAAGGUGGAGACAAACACUCCCAAGGAUCCAGAGGUGCCAAGUGGAGGAUCGUCACUUGUGGCAGAAAGCUCUGCAGCUGCUGUGGUAUCGCUAGGGACUGCAGAGCCUGGACUGGUUAAUCCAGCUUUUGAGGAGACUGAAGAAGACCUUCCUCAGAGAACUAGUCUUGUGGCUGAAACGACCACAAUUGAAAUUCACCGAGAAGACCCAGAGGAAGAGCUGGGGAUGAGGAUAGUUGGGGGUAAAGACACCCCACUAGGCAACAUAGUUGUUCAGGAAGUCUUGCGGGAUUCUGUCAUUGCUGCAGAUGGAAGAAUAGCACCUGGGGACCAUAUUCUUGAGGUGAAUGGCGUCAACAUCAGCAGUGUGACUCACUGCCAAGCUGUCUCCUUCCUGCGCCACCCAGGUCCUGUUCUCCACCUCAUGGUCCUGCAGGAGAAGGGCUUUUCCAAUAAGACUGCACAGCAGGAUUCCACUUCUGUUACAAAUCGGGAAGUGAUCCAUGUAACCUUGAUAAAGAGAGACCGAUCUGAACCCUUGGGAAUCAAACUGAUCAGGAAGACAGAUGAGGCAGGGAUUUUUAUUCUAGAUCUGUUGGAGGGAGGUUUGGCAGCCAAAAAUGGAAAGCUGAGUCGGAAUGACAGAGUCCUGUCAAUAAAUGGCCAGGAUUUGAGGCAAGGAACACCUGAGGCUGCUGCACAGAUAAUCCAGACCACUGAAUCAAGAGUGAACUUUGUCGUCUUGAGGCAGCCGGGCGUCCAGAUGUCGGACCCGGUAGAAGAUGGCAGCACAUCAAAUAGCAGCAGCAGCAGCAGCAGUAGCAAUGGAGGAAGCCCAGUGCACCAUCGGAGACGACUAGACCAGAAUCACUAUAGACGAAAAUCUACCUAUCAGAAGGAUUUGCCUCAGGGAUACAUAAGUCAUGAAAAGACAGUUGCAAUAAAAAAGGAACCAAAGGAAUCUUUAGGAAUAACAAUUGGAGGCGGAAGGGAUAACAAAAACAAGCUCCCUAUAUAUGUAACUAGCGUGCAGCCCAUUGGAUGCCUCUUCAGGGAUGGCAGAAUCAAGCGAGGAGAUGUACUUUUGAGCAUAAAUGGCAUUGAUUUGACUCAUCUGAACUACUAUGAAGCUGUCUCAGCACUGAAAUCUAAUGCAGCUUCCCACUCAGUCGUACUCAAAGCCUUGGAAAUCCUUUCAUUGAACACGGCAGAGCCAUCUCUGGACAUCAAGGAGCAAGGAUUCAGCUGGUCUCCCCUCUGGAUCACAUGGCUUGGAUUGCCUAGCUACCUGCACUGCUGUCAAGAUAUUGUCCUUAGUAAAGGUAACCUGGAAAGCUGGGGCUUCAGCAUUGUUGGAGGCUUUGAGGAAAGCAAAGGAAACCAGCCAUUCUUCAUCAAAACCAUAGUGCCUGGGACUCCUGCCUUCCGGGACAGGAAACUGAAGUGCGGAGAUGAAAUAGUGGCAGUAAAUGGAGUGCCAGCAAUAGGAAUGAGCAACUCGGAACUAAUCCCCAUGCUGAAGGAGCAAAGGAACAAAGUCACGCUCACUGUAGUGUCCUGGCCAGGAAGUGUCGUGUGAAAGCUCAAACAGAACACACAACAGUUCCAGGUAUCAGGUAGCAGCUGGCUAUCACACAAAGCUAAACAUGUGACAGAUAAACCAAGGGAAUGCUGAACUCUUGCUACACACUGUAUCGCCACAGAAGACUUUUAGCUUCCUUUUUGGAGAAAACAUUUCUUUACUGUGCUGAGGUUAUCAACAAAUCUCAUUGUUGGAUUCAAAGUAAUGGUUAAUCCGAACAGUUGUUGUAGCUUCCUGGGCUCAUUAAAGCUCUUUAGAAUCAGUGUUGCAGAGAAAGCUCUUUUUUCCAGUGUUUCUCUACAAAUCGCCUUUGAGAUGCUUUCCUCCAUUUUAGAGCUCUGCUUUCCAUUUAACGUUUUGAACAGGUUAAAACAGGCGUGACUGUCUGUAUUAAACUAGCAGGGGAAAUCAGUUCUGCUACUGAUCUCUGACUGCCAUUAUUGGACACUGAAUCAUUUUAUAGGUGCUUUUAAAAGCCACUAAUAAAACUGUAAGAAUGUGGACCCAAGUAGGCAGUUCCUAUAGCCCCGUCUUGAUAUUUUUAGGUUACUGAAACCUAAUGAAUGUAUUGAUACAUUAAAAACCAAACAAUUGUAACUCUCAGCUGACAGCUGAAGGGCUCCUAGGGUAGCACGGUGGAGCUGGGUUGACUUGUACGAUGGCCCUAGCACCAGGUAGCUGUUGCGAAUCCUGACUUAGGAUCCUGCUGACCAUGCAGCUUUGUCGCAAAUGGGUGAUUUAGACUGCUUAAAGAACCACUGUCCAA